AAUCUUUACAGAGAUAACUUUGGACAAAAGAUGUAGACACUCACGGUGAACAUAAAUACAUCAUCUUAACUCUCUCUUACCGCUUUCCUCUUAACAUUUUAUCUUUUGAUCGAAUGAUCUCUCCCCCUUUUCAACACCAAUACAAAAAAAGCUCCAAAACUUUUCAGUUAAAUUUCUCCGGCGGGUUUGAAUCUAUGUGAAGUAAAAGGAGCACAAAGCUACAGUUUCUGGAAGACAUUUAAUUUUCAGGUUUUUGUCCAGCUACAACAAUUGUUAUUUAUUUUUUUCAAGAUUUUGAGGAAUAUGUCUUUUUGGAUGAUUUAAUAGAGACUUUUUAUAUUUUUUUGACUUGUAUAGUUGCUUGUUUCUAAGAUGUUAUUCCAUAGUAAAUUUGUUGUUUAAUUGUUUUCGUUUCAUCUUCAACUCUAAUCAUGAUCUGUUGUCCGAUCUACUUUGACAAACAGUCUGUUUAAAUAUUUGCAGACCUUCAAGUUAUAAUAUAUUUCUAUGUAUAAGUUGGGUAAAACAUGAAAGGAAGUGGUCCUCUGUAAUAGAGUGAUAUUAAGAUAAAAGAUUAAACUCUAAACUGUUUUUGCACAGCCGGAAUAAGUUCCACAGAAGAUAACAACGUUUCAUAACAAUAUGAAGUAUAUGUUGUUGAUAAGUUCGCUUUAAGGGAAAACGAGUGGGGUAUGAUACUUUCCUCUUUUGGAAGUGGAACCUUUAUUGAACUGAGUAAUUAUUAGUUUUGUUCAUUGCUAAAUUUGGUAUCGCUUGUCGCUGUCACGAUAAGGACCGUUCUGCUUUGUUUUCAAGUGGGCCGACUUCAAUACCAUUUGAUUCUUCUUUUUCCCUGUAAACAUUUUAAAUGCUUCGCAUCUGUAAAUCACCACUACCUUACCCGUUCACAACUAAAUUUAUCUUUUAUUCAUUGCAGUAACUUUUCAUUACAUAAGUUUAAAAACAGUGACUCUGAUUAUGUAAUAUGAAUACACCGUUUUAUAGAAUCCAGAUGAGGUGGCAGAUUCAUAAAUCAUAAUAAUCUUGAUGCUGUGUUAUAUGCAGCUGGUAAAUGGUAGGUAGAGAGACAAAGAUGAUGCCUGAGCGAGAAGUACAAAAUGGAGGAGGUGGAGAGAAUCAUCCGUUUACUUCAUUGGGAAGACAGUCAUCAAUCUACUCAUUGACCCUAGACGAGUUCCAACACGCUCUCUGUGAGAACGGCAAGAACUUCGGGUCCAUGAACAUGGACGAGUUUCUCGUCUCUAUUUGGAACGCUGAGGAGAAUAACAAUAACAAUCAUCAAUCAGCCGCAACAGUCGCAGCUUCUCACUCCGUUCCGCCGAGUCGUAACGAUUUCAACAACAACAACAAUGGUGGAGGUGAGAGUGGAGCCUUUGGUGGUGGUUCUUCAGGUAACCAAAGGGAUAAUAAGAGGCCAGGGAUAGCGAAGCAGAAGAGUCUUCCACGACAAGGCUCGUUGACACUUCCAGCUCCGCUUUGUAGGAAGACUGUUGAUGAGGUUUGGUCUGAGAUACAUAAAGGAGGAGGUAGUGGCGGUGGAGAUAGAAAUGGAGGUAGUAAUAGUAGUAGUAAGGGUCAGAACAAUGCUCAUAAAGGCGGUGGUGGUGGUGAGAGUGCGGCUAGGCAACCAACAUUUGGGGAGAUGACGCUUGAGGAUUUCUUGGUGAAGGCUGGUGUGGUUAGAGAACAUCCCACUAACCCUAAACCUAUUCUGAACCCGACCCCAUCUAGUGUUAUACCUGCUGCGUCUACGCAGCAGCAACAGCUCUACGGCGUGUUUCAAGGAACAGGAGGAGGAGGGUACAAUCAUCAGGCACCACCUGUUCAACCAGGUGUUUGCUAUGGCGGUGGUGGUGGUGGGUUUGGAGCAAGUGGACAGCAAAUGGCGAUGGUGGGACCGUUAAGUCCGGUGUCUUCAGACGGGUUAGGACAUGGACAAGUGGAUAACAUAGGAGGAGGACAGUAUGGAGUUGAUAUGGGAGGGUUAAGGGGAAGGAAGAGAGUAGUUGAUGGUCCGGUAGAGAAGGUAGUUGAGAGAAGGCAGAGGAGGAUGAUCAAGAACCGUGAGUCUGCUGCUAGGUCUAGAGCAAGAAAGCAGGCAUAUACAGUGGAGUUGGAAGCAGAACUGAACCAGUUGAAAGAAGAGAACGCUCAGCUAAAACAUGCAUUGGGGGAGUUGGAGAGGAAAAGGAAGCAACAGUAUUUUGAGAGUUUGAAGACGAGAGCACAACCAAAGUUACCGAAAGCAAUCGGGAGGUUGCGGACAUUGGUGAGGAAUCCAAGUUGUCCGCUCUGAACAAACAAACAAACAGUAGGAGACAAAGAAGACUAGUUGGUUUUGUUUUGUCAUGAGGCAUAGAGAUAAACAAAUCUUUACCUUGAUGUUUUUCUGUGUUGGUAGGUGGUACACAAUCUGAAAUCUUCUUUACUUAUGUUCCAUGUCAACAAGAAAGUGAUUCUCUGUUUCAACGUUAUGAAUCUUUGGAGUAUUAAUAUAGCAAAUGUUCUGUUACUAGUUUCA